AUGGACAAGGUUGGAAUAAUGGCGCCAUGGAGCGCUUCUCACACAGACAUUGAAGACAGAAAUUACUUUGUUUUCUUUGUAAUAUCUGUAAUAUUGAUCAUUUCCAUCGGUGUAAUACUUUUCCUCUUUGACUUCUUUUGGAGAUUAUAUAGAGCGAACCAAAGUUCAUCAUGGAUUCAACAGACGGAGGAGGAGGAGGAGCAGUACCAAACAGACAAUGGCUUGGACAAACAACUUAUAGAGGCUCUGCUUGUGUUUGUAUAUAAAGAAGAAAGCUUUAAGAAUAAUGAGGAGAAACAGCUCAUGUGUGUGAUUUGCUGCUCUAAAUUUAAGCAGAAUGAGAAAGGAAGAGAAUUGCCCAAAUGCAAUCACAGAUUUCAUGUGAAUUGCGUUGAUAAGUGGUUGGAGUUGCAGUCUACUUGCCCACUAUGCAGAAUCAAUGUGGAGGAUGCCAUUUCUGAUGAGCAAGAAAGAAUAGAAGAGGGAGAGAGUGAGAGUUUUUCAACUGUUGGAGAUGAUAACAUAAUUGAUGUAAGGGAGUCUAGAAGAGAGUGAUAGUGUAGAGGAAAUAGAGGAGAAGGAGGAGGGAGAGGAGGAGGAGGAGGAGAAGGGUAAUAAAGGAAAUAGAGGCGCAAGAGGAGGAGAAGGAGGAUAAUCACAGUAAUAAAGGAAAUAGAGGAGGAGAAGGAGGAUAAUCACAGUAAUACAGGAAAUAGAGGAGGAGGAGGAUAAUCACAGUGAUAAGGAAGAAAAUCUGUACAAUUGGUAGGAGAGAUAAAUCGGAAAUGUAUUAUGGAUUCCAAUGAUCCAUUAUAUAUUGAGUUCAUUUGAAUUUGGUCAUUUUUAUGUAUUCAUAAAUUGUAUUUACUU